AUGUCAGAAAAACUCGCAUACAAUCCUUCCUUGAACGUGCCUUUACUUCUCAAUGAUGAGGAGAAAGCCAUAGUCUCUCAUCCUUCUGCCGAAAACACUGUAUCCUUCUUUGGCACCUGCCUUAAUGGACUCAAUACAUUAUCAGGUGUUGGGAUACUCUCAGUUCCAUAUGCACUUUCUUCAGGAGGGUGGUUAAGCUUGACUCUUCUGUUUGUUAUUGUCGCUGCUGCAUUUUACACCAGCCUUUUGAUUAAAAGAUGCAUGGAUAAGAAUUCCAACAUUAGAACCUACUCUGAUAUGGGUGAACUUGCAUUUGGAAAGACAGGAAGGCUAAUAGUUCUAAUUAUAUGUUUUCUCUUAACAACGGCGGGUAAUGCAUACAUAGCUAUUAUUGGUUAUAUAAUGUUUGGUGAUGAGGUUGAAUCACAAGUAACUUUAAAUCUACCUUUGGACAAAAUAAGUUCAAAAGUAAUCAUGUAUAUUAUCUUGGUAAAUCCCAUAUCCAAGUUUGCUCUGACGGCAACUCCAAUCAUGAAUGCUUUAAAGCACUUGCUGCCAAGGACGUAUAAAAUUAGGGUUAAGAAGCUAGGAAAACAAG